CGUGGUUGAGUGCGAUUGUGCGGUUGACGAGUACGUGUCGGCUGCAGUUUCGCGAUAAGUAGUGCGAAUUCUCGGGGAUACGCACGUGUGUGCAUCGCGAGGGAUCUCGCCGCGUUCGCGUACAGUUCGUUGCGCACGAUUAAAGUAAACCGAGAAAGCGAUUGAAACAUGGUAGUGCUUAGCAGUUUCCUGCCACCACAGGAAGGGAUACGUCAUGAAGAACCAAACACCACAGUUUAUAUCAACGACAGAGAAGUUGGAAAAGGAACAUUCUACAUUACAGAAAGUGUGCUUUCAUGGGUGAACAACGACACACAACAAGGGUUUUCACUUGAAUAUCCUCAUAUUUCACUGCACGCCAUUUCACGAGAUGAACAAGUGCAUCCAAGACAAUGUUUAUACGUUAUGGUUGAUGCCAAAGUAGAUCUCCCAGAUAUGCCAUUAUCGUUAUCAUCUGAAAAUGCCUCAGAAAACGAAGACGACGAUACAGAUACUCCAAUUACGGAAAUGCAAUUUGCACCGGAUAAUACAAAUAAUUUAGAAUCAAUGUUUCAAGCAAUGAACGCGUGCCAAGCACUCCAUCCUGAUCCACAGGAUAGCUUCUCAGAUGAGGACAUCUAUGAGGAUGCCGAGGAGGACUACGAGGGCGAAUAUGAUGAGGAAGUAGGCGCUGGCGACGCUCCUUGUAUCAUGCCAACAGAGCAAAUGGGGACCACUCAUCCAGGAGCAGAGACGGAAGAAGCCAUGGACGUCGAGGCAGGUCAAUUCGAAGAUGCGGAGGAAGAUCCAUAAGAAGCGACUAGGCAUAUAUGUGCAUUUAGUGUUAAUUUAAACGUUUAUCAAUUUCAUAUAUGUAUUUCGGUAGAUAUACGUGACGUCGUUAUUGCAAACUUACUACGGAGCUGUAUCAAACGUUAAAGCACCUAAACGUUUAUUUAUAUUCAUUUUGUACAUGGCGAUAAUUUCUUAGAUAAAAAUAAAUAAUUGUACAUCAA